CUUUGCGGCUGGCCAGCACUUCGAUUUUUUGUACGUGUUGCAAGUUAAGAAAUAAUUUGGCUGGCAGAAGAAAUCUUCUAAAUAGUGUAUAAUAUCCCAGAAUUCCCAUAUAAUUUGACGGGCCCGCAACUACCACGUUAUCAAAAUCACCACCGCACAAGACCUUGCCUCCUUAACUAUCACCAACUCACCCCUCCAAAACAAUGUCAGACCCAAUCGCCGCCGAAACUGUUGCAGCUGCGCCCACCACUGCCUCCAGCAUCCAGAUACGGGCCCCAAAAGAACGCGGCGCACCCUCAUCUCCAUCCUCCGCAACCUUCGUCCCUCCCCGCGACUCUAUCACAGGAACCUGGCACGUUACCCACUCCACGCUCCCCAUGUGGAGAAAAGCCCGCAACGUCGCCAUAACCUACGCGCCUCUCUCGGAAGACGCCAACCCCAAGCUUGACGACUCGGUGACCUAUCAGGGCCUUACGGGCUCUGGUAUCAAGACGGUCUCUGGCAUCGAUACGCCCGCGGGUGAUGGGGCGUGGAGCUGGCGAGGGAAGGGGUGGUUGAUGAUUGCGAGUAGCCAUUGGCAGUUCUUGGGGUAUGGCGGGGGAGGAGAGGGAAGAGAGGGGGAGGGCUGGGCUGUGACGUAUUUCCAGAAGACGCUGUUUACGCCGGCGGGGAUUGAUAUUUACAGUCGGCGGAAGGAGGGGCUGGGUGCUGAGAGGCUGAAGGGAGUUACGGCUGCUUUGGCAGAGAAUGAGAGCGAAGAGAUUAGAGAGUUGGCGAAGGUGUUGUUUGAAGUCAAACGGGACUAGAUGGGCAUUCAUGAGGGGAGCCCUGCAAGUGCGAGAUAGACGACAUGUCGAGACAGAUGUAUAGAGAUACCCAAAUUUGAUCAGCAAUGAAUUAACAUAACCUGUACGCUAGUAAUAAGUGCACACAGAAGCUUGCAAAUACUUGCAGUCAAAAUGAAACGAUCACAUGCAUGUAAAGCAGGG